GGUUUAACUAACUCUAUGUAUUGUGAAACAGCUGAUGUGAAACAAAACAAGACUUCUUGGUGCAACUAUUUUGGAACUGAAAGACAGCUGAUAUUUCAGAAUCAGAAGAAACAGCAGCCAGUGAAGAGAACUCUGCAAAACUAUUUGUCAACAUCUACCAAAACAGUGAUCAAAACUAUGCUCCAGCUCAAGCCUUUAUCUCUUGUUCUGAUCCUUUUACUUGGACAUAUGAUGACUGAAACUGAAGCCAAAGCCAUUUCAAAGAGGCAUGUUCGUCAUGAUUGGCUGAUUAUUCCUGAUACAAUUGCAUUUAAUAUAUAUUCCUUAGUAAAUGAAGUGUCACCUAAAGUAGCUGAGUAUUUGUUUAAUGCUGUCCAAACACCAAUUAUUCUUGAAACAAGGAACUUCCUGAUAAGAGAAACAGCUAAGCUCAAUAUACUGGCUGAACAACUGGGAGAAAAAUUAUCUGGAUUAUGGAAAGAAUUGACACAGUCAGCACAGUGAUAACACCUGCAUGAAUCUGUGAAAUACAUCCUUGUGUUUUUGCACAUACAACGAUCUUUAAAAAAUCAGUAGUGCAAAGGGAAAUCUUUGUGAAGGACAUUGGGAAAUAAAUAAGCUAGACUCAGCAAGGUUCUUUCUUCAUAACAAAUAUUAUUUGCUUCUGCUAUUGGAAAUAAUCAUAAUAGACCAUUUAUCUCAUUUCAUUAA